AUGAACUUCAUCCACAGCACCCUCGACAAGGUGCGUGAGUGGGCGCCCGUCUCGCACACCUCAACCUUCCGCCAAAACGGGCAGAUCACGCCCGAAGAGUUCGUCGCAGCGGGCGACUACCUCGUCUACAAGUUUCCGACCUGGUCCUGGGCAGAUGCUUCACCGAUCAGCAAGCGCCUCUCUUAUCUGCCUGCUGGAAAGCAGUUCUUGGUGACGAGAGGCGUGCCAUGUCAUCGCAGACUUGAUGAUAAUUUUGCUGGAGAGGCAGGACAUGACGAGACGAUGGUGGGCGAUGGCGAAGAUUUCAAUACUGGGGCACCGCAUGCGCCUGGCGAUGAUGAGGAUGGCUGGCUGAGAACCGGGGGACUGGCUGCGAGCCAAGAAGCAAGAGUCAGAGAUGUGAGAACAGUGGAUGAAAGUGGCAAUAUGGGUGAGCGGGAAGAAGACGAAGAAGAUAUUCCUGAUAUGGAGGACGAGGAAGAUGAUGAGGAAGCUAUUAUUCGAGAUCCUAAAGCGGAUGGUGCUGAUUCAACGCGCCGUACCUAUACUAUCUACAUCGCAUAUGCACCCUAUUACCGUACUCCACGCCUCUAUCUUUCCGGCUACCUAGCCAACUCACAACCUCUUCCACCACAACUCAUGAUGGAAGAUAUUGUUGGUGACUACAAGGAUAAGACCGUCACACUGGAAGACUUCCCGUAUUUCAGCAACAAUAUCAAGAUGGCAUCCAUCCACCCAUGUAAACACGCCAGUGUUAUGAAGACUCUCCUCGACCGAGCAGACGCAGCACUUAAGAUCCGAAGAGAGAAGCUGAAGGCGGGAAAGAUCUUACCGGGAGCCAAGGAUGCGGGAAUGGAAGGCUUGGUCGAUGAUUUCGGAAAGACGGGAAUUGAGGAUAAGAAGGCGAUGUUAGAGGGGAUGAAGGCAGGUGGAAAUGGGAAUGAUGAGUGGGAGGUCUUGCAACAUGAUGCGGAAGCGACGCACGAUGAAGAGGUUGCUAUUCGGGUGGAUCAAUACCUGGUUGUCUUCUUGAAGUUCAUGGCAAGCGUCACACCAGGCAUCGAGCACGAUUUCACCAUGGGGGUUUAG